CUACAAGUAUAAAUUCACAAACAUCAACCAAAUUGAGCUCAAAACUACAAACUAGUUCAAUUCACGGCUAACUAAACCAAAUAAUGGAGAAAAUGAGAGCAAUAAUACUAAUUACUCUAUUAUUGUUCAUAGGUGCGGUAGUUGCUGAAGAGGCUGAUAUUGGUGUAGUCAUCAAUCCUAUGCUUAACUAUAGUCAACCUCAAACCAUGAAUCCUACUAAAGACUCUCGUGAUAGAUCCACAAACCCUAUGCUUAACUAUAGUCAACCUGAAAUCAUGGAUCCUGCAGAAGACGCUCGUAUUGGUAGAUCCACAAACCCUAUGCUUAACUAUAGCCAACCUGAAACCAUAGACCCUGCAGAAGAUGCUCGUAUUGGUAGAUCCACAAACCCUAUGCUUAACUAUGGUCAACCUGAAACCAUGGAUCCUGCAGAAGACGCUCGUAUUGGUAGAUCCACAAACCCUAUGCUUAACUAUAGUCAACUUGAAACCAUGGAUCCUGUAGAAGACGCUCGUAUUGGUAGAUCCACAAACCCUAUGCUAGACGUUCGUAUUGGUAGAUCUACAAAUCCUAUGCUUAACUAUGGUCAACCUGAAACCAUGGAUCCUGCAGAAGACGUUCGUAUUGGUAGAUCCACAAAUCCUAUGCUAAACUAUAGCCAACAUGAAACCAUGGAUCCUGUAAAAGACGCUCGUAUUGGUAGAUCCACAAACCCUAUGCUUAACUAUAGUCAACCACAGGCCUAUGAGUCACCCAGAUUCAAAAGGUUUGUGACACAUUGCAGCUCGCAUGUUGCUGAAUCAUGCAGUGGAACCGAACCAAUAUUAAUGCAUCAUGAUAAUGGUGGAGUAAACCUUGCUCCUUGCCUUUUUGAUUCAAUGGAGAGGUGCUUGGUGGACCAUGGAGCUUCAUUUUAUGAAACAAGUUCACGUAAGCCAAUCCAAUAUCAACCAAUCCUCAUUGAGACUAUAAAGUUCCGAACCGUGUUGAGAACAUGCACUCACGUCAGUGCAAGGAGUUGCUACACUGGUUCUAAUGUUGUUGCAUCAGAAUUAGAGGCUUGUCUCAUUCCAUCUAUGAAUCAAUGUGUGUAUCCCGAUAGUGUUAAAUCUGGUAGCCCACCUAUUAGCCCCAUCAGGAAGUAAAAUUAUGUGAGACAUAUGGUGGCAUGCAUGCAGUACUAGUAUAAGAAUAACUGGGUUUGGUUUGUUCAGCUUCUAUAAUAAUAACAAUCCUUAUUUAUGAAGAGACUAAGCUCUUUAUCUCCUUUGUGAUAAAAAUAAUUGGUUUGCAAGCUUUGUUUUAUGAUGAAGGAUCUGUUAUACCUUCAAUACUAUCUAUAUUCACUGGCAUGUAAAAGAAAUCACCGAAUGUCAUUAUCGAUGAUGCAUCGCAUCGCGUUCCUACAAAAUAGUAAUAAAAACAUGCUUAAUGUACUCUA